AGAGGGUGGAGUUGAAGUUGCUGUGGGGAAGCGGCUGUGUGUGAAGUUGGGAAGGGGCGCAGAUCUGCCCAGAGCUGUGUCAGUGCUGCUGAGGUUGUGACUCCCUUGCUGGUGCUCUGCUGAGGAGAUGCUCACUGUGCGUGAUGUGGUGCUGCAUGUAAAGUUCACAGAAAUGCACAUUUUACAAGUAUUUGCGUGGUUAUCAUAAUUUUAUACCAAGUUUUUGAAAUAAGAAACGCUCUAGUGGUACAGCACUUAUGCAUUAAGCAGAAACUCAGAGGAUGGAGAGAUAACAAAUGUAAUAAUGCAUAUUAUGGAAUAAACUGAAGGAUAAAAGAUAAAUAUCAGAAGGUACCCGAAGUUGUUUCAUUUUAUUAAAUCCUGUAAACUAUGUUUUAAACCAGAGGGAGGAAGGCUUGGAUUCCAGGUAAAAUAUUUUAAGGUAUUGAUUGGGUGAAGAGGACUGACACAGCUUUGAGCAAAAGAAAGGUGUGUUAUUUGGGACAUAAAGAACAUAUGCAACAAACCUUUCUAAAAUUGAGUGAGCACCUCAGUGGGAAGUUUUAUUUUUCAUGGUGGUCUCUACACAGGAGGAUUGGGGUCUAAGACAGCCUUUGCUUUUUAAAGACCAUAUGUGCAGAAUGACAAAGUGGGUCUUGGAAUUAACAUUAGGUGGUGGACUGCUUUUCUUAAAAUCUGUGGAGUUGCCUCUCUCCAGAGUCAGUGCUCUUGACUUACCAGUGUGCUCACCGAGUUGAGCUGCAGGCUGCAGGGUGAGUUUGAGAGAGGUGACAGUUGCGGAGAAGGUGAUUUACAAUAAUCUCUCCCUUUGGAAACUAGUUCAUUAUUCCCUUGUACAUUGUUAGGCAUUGUGAGAAGAACUUGUGGUUGAAAAUCACAGUUCUGGGCAAUAAGUAUCCAUUGGUUUGGGAUGCAUGAUGUUCUGGUUGGUAGAAGUAGUAUGUGUAGUAAAAAUACUGGUAUGGGGAAAGACUGGUUCUAGUAAGUAUAAAUUUGCUUUCUUUAGAGCAGUGUAUUGUUAGGAAUAACUCCGCCUCCAACAAUCCUACAGGCUGCCUACACAGCCUAAUUCCUUAUUCAGGUGAUGCUAUUGUUUGCAACAAUGAGAAAAAGGCAAGGAUCAUCUGUGCCAAGUACCUUGGAAUUCAAGUCACAUGUCCUCGUAAACCAGUUCUGGAUUUGGCAGUGUUAAGGGAGCACAACACAUACUUAUCUUUGGGACGGGUUUGCUAGACAGUUAUUCCUCCCAUACUGUUAUUGAAUUGCUCACUGCCUGGGCUUGUUCUUCACUGAUUACUUCAGUUCCCACCAUAUUCAAGCUGUUUGUAUGGGCUACGGGCCUUUGCUGGAGCUCAGGAAACUGCACAGCUGGAUCACAUCAAUAGAAGGUGGCUCUAGAGGGGAGGAGAGAUUCUUGACAUCUCUACUUCUCAGGAUCCAGCAUGAUAAUGUCAGAUGGUUAGGAGUUAGGAGUUCAGGAUUUUGCCACUGGAUUUCUGAACCUCGUCUUACAUUUAUACCUCUUUAGUGCAGUUCAAUUGUCUCGUUUUAUUUGUAAUUACUAGCAUGCUGCAGUGCCUACAGAUUGAUUUUCCCUGGAGUAUCUAGUUUGUGUUAUUCUACUCCAAGUAGGUCACCUUGACUGAGGUGUUUGACACACUGUGUUGCCUUGAGCACCCAGACUUGAUUUGUAAUUCAUAAAUAGCAUAAGUGUAACCUGCAGCUGAACCCCUGCUGGAUUCAAUGUUCAGUCUUUCAGCACCUUAAAUCAAGCUCCUUCAUUGGCUUGAUCCAUCUGCAGGAACUGCAUUCCAGCAGUCCCUUGGUUCAUGGCAUUGCACUCCUGUGUGCUUGAGGAGGGGUGGGCAUUUGACCUGACACAGAACUGAAUGGCUCCUUGCUUGCAGAGUCUGAACGCGGCUGCUGGGAUCUAUCUGUACUGUGAUCUAUAUAAUGAGCACACUGUAUGUACUGUGUGAAAACGCCAUGCAGUUCAGGCAGCUUGUAUCAAAUUUCUGUGCUGGCAGGCAGAGUUUGGCUUAAUGACUGUUAUGUCAAUAUAAAACUAUUGCACUACUGGGCAGAGUUGAAGUCUUCAUCUUACAAGAAAUGCUGCUGUUAACAUUUAGCUCACUGAGAGCCUGAAUUUCCAGAAUGCAGAAUAUUUAUACUUAAUAUGUGAUUUGUAUAGUAUUCAUCAACCCAAAUUUUCAUUGCUCAAAAAAAUUUGAUCUCUGGAUUUUUAGGCUUGGUGUAAAGGACAAGGGUGGUGGGCUUAAAGAGCAUUUAGCCACAGAUCCCACAUUUUAAGAUUCUCAAUGCUUUACUCUUCCUGCCUGAUACAUAGAUUAGAAUGCUAUUUUUUUCCCCACAAAAGAAAGAAACAAACGGAAAACCUUUGGGAGCUCAUAAAAUAACUCACCCAUGUUCCCUUUCUGCUCAAUUUUCUGUCAUGUAAGAAAGCCUUGACUGAGUCCCAAGGCAUUUAUAGCAUUCUCUGAAAUGAGGCUUUAGUUAAUAGUUAAUAUGGAAUUGCAUUCCCUUUGUUAAACUUGGCAGUGAUGGAAUUUCCUGGUUGAGUGAUAUAUACGGCCAGUGAAUUACUGAUACAGCUUCCGCUAUCUUUGGCAGAAGCCAAGGUUUUGGAGCAAAGUUGAGAAGAAAUCUUUGGUUGAUCUUUAACAGUUAUCAUUUAAUGUGUAACUGCUCUGAACCCGGGUGCACUUGCCAGUUUUGAAAACCAUCUAUAUGGUUUUAAAAUGGCCAAGAGUUGCGGUUUGACCCCAGCUGGCAACUAGGCACCACACAGACACUUGCUCACUCCCCCUGCUGGGGUGGGCAGACAGUCAGAAAGGUAGAAGUGAGAAAACCUGCGAGUUGAGACAUAGACAGUUUAGUAGGUAACGCAAAAGCUGCACAUGCAAGGAAAGCAAGCCAAAGAAUUCUUUUACCACGUUCCAUGGGAAGGCAGGUGUUCAGCCAUCUCCAGGAAAGCAGGGCUCCAGCGUGCGGAACAGUGACAUGAGAAAACACCAUAUUCUGAACCUCGUCCCUCCUUUCUUCUCCCAGCUUUAUGUACUUGAGCAUGACUCCAUAUGGUCUGGGAUAUAUCCCUGUGGUCUCUUGAGGUCAGCUUUCCUGGCUCUGCUCUUCCCAACUUCUUGUUCAUUCCCAGCCUCCUCACUGCUGGGGUGGGAGGCAGAAAAGUGUAAUUCCUGCUCGACAAUAGUGAAAACAUCACUGUGUUGUCAGUACUUUUCAGCACAAAUCCCAAACACAUCUCCCUGCCAGCUACUGUGAAGAAAAUGAACUCUACCCCAGCCAAAACCAGCACACGAGAUACAGUUGUGCCUAGGGAGCAAAUGACAUUGCAGGAGCAAGGUCCUGCCGUGAUCUACUGUGCUGUACUUGUUCACUUUGUCUUUAAAGUACCAUUUUGAAUGCAAUUAUGUUUUUACUUCUUUUGACUAGUAAAUACUGCCUGAAGAAAUCUUUCAUAUAAAAAAAAAAUCUUUGUUCCUCAGUUUCUGCUCAAAGAGUAAGGAACAGACUUUGCUAGAGGAUUUGCUUUUAACCACACUUCUGAAGAAUUGUACAAGCUCCAAGAGAAGCACAGUUUUGGUUUUUUUUUUUCAUAGUCUACUUAGUGGACUUUAUAAUGUCUCCAGCAAGAAAAAUGAGUAACAAACUGGAAAACAAAAGAAAGAGCAAGAAAGGAAAAGGUCAAGAAAUGUCUGCCAAUUUAAAGUACCUUUCCUUGGGCAUCCUGGUUUUUCAGACCACAAGUUUAGUGUUGACCAUGCGCUAUUCUCGGACACUGAAAGAAGAAGGACCUCGUUACUUAUCCUCUACUGCAGUAGUUAUUGCUGAACUUCUGAAGAUUUUGGCCUGUGUUCUAUUAGUCUACAAAGACAGCAAAUGCAAUUUACGGACUCUGAACAGAGUGCUACGUGAUGAAAUCCUUAACAAACCCAUGGAAACCCUUAAACUUGCUAUUCCUUCAGGAAUUUACACUCUUCAGAACAACUUGCUAUAUGUAGCAUUGUCAAACCUAGAUGCAGCCACAUACCAGGUUACAUAUCAACUGAAAAUUCUCACCACAGCAUUGUUUUCUGUGUCCAUGUUGAGCAAGAAACUGGGUGUAUACCAGUGGCUGUCACUAGUAAUAUUGAUGACAGGAGUGGCAUUUGUGCAGUGGCCUUCAGACUCUCAAGCAACACCUGCUAAGGAGCACUCAGCAGGAUCACAGUUUGUAGGCCUGAUUGCAGUUCUCAUAGCGUGCUUUUCUAGUGGAUUUGCUGGAGUUUAUUUUGAAAAAAUUUUAAAGGAAACUAAGCAAUCUGUGUGGAUCAGAAACAUUCAGCUUGGAUUUUUUGGUAGCAUAUUUGGACUGAUGGGUGUUUACAUUUAUGAUGGAGAACAACUGUCAAAGAAUGGAUUUUUUCAAGGAUACAAUAAACUUACUUGGGUGGUGGUUGUUCUGCAGGCACUUGGAGGGCUGGUGAUUGCUGCUGUUAUAAAAUAUGCCGACAACAUUUUAAAGGGAUUUGCAACUUCUCUCUCCAUUAUACUGUCAACAUUGAUCUCCUAUUUCUGGCUGCAGGAUUUUGUCCCUACAAGUGUCUUUUUCCUCGGAGCCAUCCUUGUAAUAGCAGCUACUUUUCUAUAUGGUUACGAUCCCAAACCUGCAGGAAAUCCUAUUAAGGCAUAGCAGACUUCCUCAUCAACCUGCUUCUCGAGAUCAUGCACUGGGGGCCUUGCUAGCACUGGCAUGUGGGAAGUGUCAGUGUGCGCUGCAAGGGAAGGAUGACUGCCCUGAAUACAUUGAAGAAAUGCUGAAGAGUAGUUCUGAACAGCCAGAGGGGUUACAGGUGGAGGGUGAUGCUGUCUGCAACUGAUGGGGGGGGAAGUGUCAGGGGAAUGCCCGGUGCAACUUGCUAAUAAAAACUUGAAAGGAACCAAAAGUUUCCAAGAAACUACAAUUAGGAAUGUUUACAGCUUUGACUGAGAUUGCAUCAAAAGAAUUACUGUAUUGACUGCUGCAGAAAUAUGUCCUAUGCACUCUUUGAAAGAGCACACGACAACAUUGUCAGAUUGUAUGUUUUUGCUAUUCAAUUCUAUUUAAUCUUAGUAAAUAUGUUUUUAACUGUUUGUCUAUUUACGUGAAAUGAGCAGAAAGUCAUAGUUCUAAAGUGAUGGUUCUAAUUAGGUACUCCUUAUUAAUACUGAAAAUUGAAGUGUGAUUGAAAGACACUUUCACAAUAUCAAAUAUUUUUAUAUUUUUAGAAGGCUGAUUUAAUAACAGAAAUCUGUUAUUAAAUGAUAAUAUUUUAAUUCUGUUGCUUCUAUAAAACUGUUGUAAGAAUGUUAAUAUUCUCAGUGAAGUACAAAGGGAGGAAUGCUCCAGCCUUCAUCAGCCUGUAGUGUUGGAGCAGAUGGAAUAACUCUGGGAACACAGGCUGGAGGUUACCGUGCUAAGCUGGGAGCAGCAGAAGAGCUGUGAUGGCUGCUUGCUGAAAUGUGAUGUUCAUUCUUUUUUUUUUUUUACUGAUUAUAAAUCAACUUUUUGGUAGAACCUUAAAAGUAGUUUUUGUGCUUUAAAUAGCCUCUGAAGAUUUUUUUAAACCAUGAUUUCAAAAAACAAAAGAGCUCAUAAUAAGCAUUUUAAAGGCAUUACCAUUGUCUGUAACAGCUCCAUCUGGAGAUAUUAUGGUAUGGCAUCUGUAUACUGUACUGUACUUUAUUACAGAGGUGUUUUUUAAACAAGUGUUGUUUACUCAUGAACUCUUCCAGGCUUUUUCUGUAUAUUUCUAUGUAAUGGCUUAAUUAGAGUUUUGGUGGGGUUUUUUAAAUUAUUCUUAUUUUGUUCUGAGAGUCCUUGAGCCAACAGACCAAAAUGGGUUCUCUGGACCUAUUUGUUCUAGUAGUGGAAUUACUUUAAUAGGAAAUAUAAUUAAAAAGCAAUUAAUUGUGCAAUAGGUAAAUAUAAAAGCAUGUUGUUAUUCUGUUUAAAACAAAAAAAAACCAACUUCACAAAGGAACCUGGCUGCAAUUAGAUCGAUUAGACUGUUAUGAACACUUCACUUGAAGUAUUUGCAUAUAAUCAGAAACACUAAAAAAAAUCUGGAACUAAUAAACAAAAAAAAAAACUGUCUUAAAAGUCAUGGGUUUUGAGGUUCACAAUGGAUGUUCAUGUCAGGUGACUUGUGUGACACUUGUGAUGGUGCAUUUAUAUAAAAGCAUUUUAGGAGUCCCUUACCAGUAGAAUGGCAAGUGGUAUAAAUGUCUUUAUUCCUUUGUUCACUGCCACCACCCUCUCCAUGCUCUUUCUCACAUCUGUCUUGUACUAAAGAAAAUGUGUAAUAGAAAGAUGUUUUAAAAUGUUUACUGCAGUACCUCAUCUGAUUGACAAGGAGAUUCUGUAGGAGUGCUCUGAGAUUUCUUAGUGAAGUAUUGUAAAUAGGAAAGGAAGAAUUCCACUUAUGUCAGUCAAGUAAAAAUAGUUUCUUUCUUCUGUUGGCAAUUACAUGUUUUAUCAACAUUUUGUUUGUUUGUCUUAUCAGAGCAAGACAUUAAAGAAAUAUCAGAGCUCUGCCUAGGGCUUGCUAAGCUUUGUGAACUGUGAAUCUGUCCCUGAGUGUCGUAAUUGCAGUAGCUUUGCCACUUGGCGAUCAAAGUUAUCUAAAUGGGCAUUCUGUGUUAAUAUUAAAUCUUACACGUGUAACGUUCAAUGUGGCACAAUCUUUGAAAAGUCACAUUUAACCAUUUCCCCCUGCAGUGCAGCCUGAGGUAGGACGUGUACGUAGAGCAGCAGCUCACGGUGCUGCCAACUACAGAAUGGGACCUGCACGCCUCUGAAAGGAGGUGGGACUCUCAACUGCAGUUUGGCCCUACACAGUAAUACUUUUGAUUUCGUGAAUCACAGUAGUGGGAGUGUUCAAGUGAUAUAAUUGGUUACUUUUUCUUAAGAAAAGUCUCCAAAAAACAAAAAGCAGGUUGAGAACACUUUGAAGCCAGUUGUACUGGAAGGGACCAAAAAAGCCAAAUAAUUACCAUGUGGCUGGAAUUCUGUGACAUGUAGCCUGGUUUUUAUAUUUCAGGUGCACCUGUCAAUAUUUGCCAGGAUGUUUAAAGGAAAGAUCAGGCAUAUGUGCUCUUUGCUUUGGAAUAGGAUGCCAUGCAGCUUUGGAAAAUGCCUGCUGUACUAAGGAACAGUAGCUCCUUUCUGUAAAGGAACAGUAACUCCUGUCUGUAAAUCAGUGACUUCCAUGCUUUCACUUGACAGUCCAAUUCAGUUUUCCAGCAGAAGGAUAGAUCUCAUCACAGACUUGUUGCUGAAAAAGAGAAAUGAAUUGGCAUUUUUGGCUGUUUUUCCUCACAGAGAGGAAAGGCUCUUCUCUGAAGUGUGACUCUGGACAAGGGGAAGCAGCCCGUGUUUUGUGAGAACAGAAGGGAUUUGAGGAGGGCUUACUGAUUUCCAUAACCUUUGCAUUGGGGAGCAUGUGCACAUUUUCUCACUGAGAUACUUUUGUAUUUGGAGUUUUUAUUUUUUUUAAGUAGCUUUAAGUCUAUAACUCAUUAACUAACCAAAGAGGAAUAGCUAGCACAGAGUUUUGGGAAGUAGUGGAUAAUGUGCUUUCAGUUUGCCCUAAAAGCAAAUGCUGUAGGAGUCUAACUUCCCAAAAAGAAACUUGUCUUUCUGAACUAUUUUCUGGCUUUUAAACAAUUGUUUUGUUAGUUUAGUUGUAUAUUUAGGAGGUUAACCUAUACUUAGCAAAAUUUUGUUUAAAUAUUUAUAAAGUUAUAGAAGUUAUAGCUAGCUAUUUAUUUGCAAUAACUUGAAUUAUGUGAUUUUUCUUUCUAGACUUAAAUAUUGGGUGUACUGGUAUUUAUUGAAUACUUGGAUAUUUGGUAGUUUUAUUUGAGAAUCUCUGGAUACAUGGUAAAAGGUCAAAUAACAAUAAACUUAGGACUAUCUUCAAAGCAAAAUAGAUCAGUUCAGUGGUAAAAAAACUUGAGUCUAAUAAAGUAAGAUCAACUUUUCUUUUAACAUUGUAUUUCUAAGCAAUCCAUAAGUGCCCAAAAUGUAUUUUCUCAAAGAAUUCAGAUAAUUGUAUUGGUUUAUUCAACUUCAUUGUUUUAGACAAGCCUUAAGAAAACCUCCCUUUCUAUUUGUUUCAGUAAAGAGUAGUUUAAUGUUCUAGAUUAAACUUCUAUAGUGUAACACCUUUGGUUUUUUACUACAAUGUUUUAGUAACUAUUGUUUUAUUUUUCCUCAAAAAGACAAAACAAUCUCAUUUUGCUUGUGUUUCAUGUGCAUACAGGCCUCUCACAGGCUCUUAGUAGUACAUAAUUCUUUUGUGCGUUUCUAACUUAUUUUUGUGGCUGUAAUUCAAAAUACUGUAAUAGAUUUUGUUCAUUUUUUUAAAUUGAUAAAUGAAACAUUGCAUUUCUUCUGGUUUUUGUUGUCAGUAACUUUCAUAUUUGAAUGUAUUUCCUGAUCAGCCCUGAAUGUUCUUUUGUAUUUAAGCAAUUGUAAUUUUUCCAAAUUUGAAUUUGUUGUUCAUUUUCCUCCUGGUUACAAUGUUUCUUGCUGGAUAGUGUGUUGAGGAGGAUUAUUUUUUCCUUUCAUAUCUGAAAUCUAUGUUGGUGAGAAUGAGUUACUAAAAAACAGUAAGGGUUUUUUUGUGUAUUAGAAAGGUAACAGUUAUGUAUAACAUGGUAUUAUACCAUAUAUGUGUAAUGUGUCAUUACCAAAGAUGGUGCAUUACUGUGAGAAAGUCCAAAUAGUGUUUCCUUGCCUUUAAUGGUUCUUUUAAUUUUUAAUGCUGAUUAUUUUCCACAGGAAGAGAGUCCUGCUCUUUCCAGGUAAGCUCAUUGUAUGUUUUUAGGUAUCUAGAAUUAAGACAUUAUACUAAAGAAAAAUUUGGGGCAAAAUGCAACAAAAUAUGUGGAAUUGAUUAGAUCGCAUCUUUUGCUUCAGUUCCCUUCCAGAGUUCUGUUCAGUUGAAUUCUUAGCUUUUUAUAAGUAUUUCUCAGCUGAAUUUGUAACUCUUUCUAGAAGAAAAAAUAGUGUCCUGACUUGCCAUUCAGUGCUCGUUCUUGUUCUUGUGUGUCUGCUGCACAUUUGCAUCCAAGAGUAGACAUGGCACAUUGACUCGUCUGCAAUCUCCCAUCAUCAUUCUGACUGUAUUUAGCCAUAUUCAUUUCAUUAGUGAUUUAUAGCUCAGUAAGGAUUGCUUAUGUUUGUAUUUGCUGUCAUGAGUAUGAUUUUAUUUAGAUUUUUAAAAAUUUUGUCCUUGUUGUCAAUAUAUGAGCCCAAAUGUAUUAUUCAAACAUUGUAGCAAAA